GAGUAUUUAAAGAAACUCUAGCGGACGUUCAAAGUAGACUGCAACCAGCGUAGUGGUAUAGUUUUAAGCUGCUGGUCCGGAACGAGGGUUUACACUCAUUCUCAGCUUUUCGGUGGAGCAUUUAUUUCUGUAAAAUCUGUGGAUAUAAUACUAAACAAAGAUGUCCCUGAAUUAUGAUGACUACGAUUCCAACAUUAGGACCGUUCGUACCGUACAAAGGUACAACGUGUACCGCGGAACAUCCCCUGCCACACAGAACAGGCUGGAGGCUAGAAUCCGAGAACUCGAAGACAGCUUAGACUUCGAAAGAGAUCACCGAGUACGAGUUGAGAAACUCCUCGCCGAGACCCAGUUUCAAUAUGACCAGAUUUCAGACAGACUUGAAGAACAGGGUGGUGCCACAUCAGCCCAGGUUGAAAUCAGCAAAAAGAGGGAAUCUGAACUCGCUAAAUUGAGGAAAGAUCUUGAAAUUGUCAACAUUGCCCACGAGGGAGCUGAACAGAGUAUGAGAAAACGACACAACCAGGCAAUGGCUGAUCUCACUGACCAACUUGAACAUUUAAACAAAGCCAAAAAUAGGGUAGAGAAAGAAAAACACCAACUUAUUAUUGAAAUUGACGGUCUCCAGGGCACUAUGGACUCACUUUCCAAGGCCAAGACCUCAGCUGAAAACAAAGCUGAUGCUCUUGCCGGUAGCUGUGAGCGACUCAAGGGCCAAGUUGAUGACCUAACCCGUCAAGUCAACGAUCUCUCUGGAUUCAAAGCUAGAUUGACCCAAGAAAAUUUCGACCUCCAACAUCAAGUUCAGGAACUCGACUCCAACAAUGCCGCUCUUGCCAAAGCCAAAGCCCAGCUCCAGGCCUCCAAUGAUGACCUCAAGAGAAGCCUUGAUGAUGAGAGCAGACAACGACAGAAUCUCCAGAUCCAACUCCAGGGUCUCCAGGCUGAUUUUGAUAACUUGAACGUCCGUUAUGAGGAGGAAGUUGAAACUUCCACAACUAUUCGUACCACGCUCGUCAAAGUACAGGCUGAAUACACUGCUCUUAAAACACGAUUCGACAAAGAAAUGAUUGCCAAGACAGAGGAACUCGAGGAGACUAGGCGUAAGCUUAAUGCCCGAAUCCAAGACUUGGAAGACCAAUGUGAGCAACUCCGUGCCAGAAAUAGCAACUUGGAGAAAGCGAAAUCCAAGCUCACAAUGGAACUUAAAGAAGUCACCAUUGAAUUGGAAAAUAUCCAGAUCAUUGUCCAGGAUCUUACCAAGAGGAACCGACAAUUGGAGAAUGACAAUGCCAAUCUCCAGAGACGAGUUGAUGAACUUUCGAAAGAAAAUGAUGCCCUUCGAGGCGAGAAGGCUGCCCUUGAACAAGAGUUAUACAGGAUGCGAGUUGCCAAUGCUGAACUUACUGAACGUAAUGAAGCUCUCCAACGUGAAAACAAAACACUCGCUGACCAACUCCGUGAAGCUAAUCUCGCUCUCAAGGACGCCAACAGGGAACUCAACGAACUCCGAGCCAUCCGUGCCCAACUUGAACAAGAGAGAGAUUCUCUUGCUGCUGCCCUUAGAGAUACCGAAGAUGCCCUUAAGGACGCCGAAAACAAAUUGGCUGCUGCCAAUCUUGCCCUCAACAAUCUCCGUGUUGAAAUGGAGAACAGACUUAGAGCUAAGGAUGAAGAAAUUGAUAACAUCAGGAGAAGCAGUGCCCGUGCUAUUGAAGAAUUGCAGAGGACUCUGAUCGAAGUCGAAACCCGCUACAAGACCGAAAUCAGCCGAAUCAAGAAGAAGUAUGAAGCUGACAUCCGUGAACUCGAAGCUGCCCUCGAUAAUGCCAACCGAGCCAAUGCUGAAUAUCUUAAACAAAUCAAAUCUCUCCAAGCCCGUGUCAAGGAAUUGGAAAGUCUUUUGGAUGAUGAGCGCCGCAUCGCCGAUGAUCUCCGAGGUCAACUCUCCGUCUCCGAAAGGAAACGAGUUGCUCUUAACCAAGAAUUGGAAGAUUGCCGAUCUCUCCUCGAAAAUGCCGAGCGAGCAAGAAAGAACGCUGAAACCGAACUCAAUGACGUCACCGUUCGUCUUACCGAAAUCAACAUCCAAGUCACAGCCCUCACCAACGACAAACGCCGAAUGGAAGCUGAUAUCGCCGCCAUGCAAUCCGAUUUGGAUGAAGCCAUUAAUGCCCAGAGAGCUGCUGAAGAACGUGCUGAUCGUCUCCAGAACGAGGUUGGCCGUUUGGCUGAUGAACUCAGACAAGAACAAGAAAACUACAAGAACGCUGAAAGCCUUCGAAAACAACUUGAAAUCGAAAUCCGUGAAAUCACCGUCCGAUUGGAAGAAGCUGAAGCCUACGCCCUCCGUGAAGGAAAGCGAAUGGUUGCCAAAUUACAAGGCCGAGUACGAGAUCUCGAAGCUGAAUUAGAAGCUGAAAUGCGCCGAACACGUGAAGCCGUCGCAACACAACGUAAAGUAGAGAGAGUAUACAAAGAAUACGUCAUCCAGACCGAGGAUGAUAGACGACAACUUGCUGAGUUGUCCAGCUUGAACGAUACAUUGGCAAACAAAGUUAGACAAUACAAACGCCAGAUCGAUGAAGCCGUGAUGACAAUGCUAUCGACAUUUUGA